AACGUUGCACAUGAUUCAUUUUCAUUCUGUAUAUCUCUCUCUCUUUCUCUCUCUCUCAUCUUCAUCUUUGGAACUUCUUGACAUUUGACAUGGGAGAAGCUCGUGGCCGAGAAGUGCAGCUCCACAUCAUGACAUCUCAUGAGGAGGACAACGAAGCCAACUCAACUGAGCAAAUGCAUGUCAGCAGCCAAUCAACAUUAAUCGGUCAACGUGGAAAUUAUAUGCGGUGGGUGCGAUUGGGCAUUUACGCACUUUUUCUCCUCUCUGGGCAGUCGGUAGGGUUACUCCUGGGAAGGUUGUAUUACGACAAAGGUGGAAAGAGCGUAUGGUUAGGAACCCUUGUGCAGCUUGUUGGCUUCCCUCUCCUCCUUCCCUACUUAAUCAUCUCAGCACCCAAAAGACACAGUACCAGUACAGACACAUUAAUCCACUCAAAACGACCCUCCGUCUUGAUACUUUCAUCAGUUUAUGUAACUCUUGGCCUUCUUGUAGCAGCAGACUGCUUCUUGUAUUCAGUUGGGCUGAUGUAUCUUCCUGUAUCUACUUACUCCCUCAUUUGUUCCUCACAGUUAGCUUUCAAUGCUUUUUUCUCUUUCUUCCUUAAUUCCCAAAAGUUCACGCCUUUCAUAAUCAAUUCUCUUGUUCUUCUCACCAUAUCCUCCGUUCUCCUUGUUCUUCAAACAGAUUCUGCAGACCCUUCUGGAGUCUCUAAAGCAAAGUAUGUAAUUGGGUUCACAUGCACAGUUGGUGCAUCUGCAGGAUAUGGGUUGGUGCUUUCCCUUACACAGCUUGCCUUUAAGAAGGUUGUAAAAAGGGAGACAUUUUCAGCCAUCACGGACAUGAUAAUCUAUCAAUCAGUAAUUGCAACCUCAGCUAUUGUGGUGGGACUUUUCGCUAGUGGAGAGUGGAAGGGUUUGAACAGAGAAAUGGAAGAGUUUAAACUGGGGAAGGUCUCAUAUCUCAUGACUUUGAUUUGGACAGCCAUAUCGUGGCAGGCUUUCUCUGUUGGCUGUAUAGGGUUGAUUCUUGAGGUGUCUUCCCUCUUCUCCAAUGCCUUAAGUGUUCUAGGUUUGCCCAUUGUUCCGGUUAUGGCUGUGAUCUUUUUCCACGAUAAACUUGGUGGAAUAAAGGUGAUCUCAAUGGUUUUGGCUAUUUGGGGCUUUGUUUCGUAUCUCUAUCAGCAGUACCUCGACGAUUACAAGUCCAAACCUCAUGAAAAUAGAAAUGAUGAUCAUAAUGAAGUUUCAAAUGCUUCCCCAAAGAGAUCAGAGCUGGUUGAUGGAAAAGACAGGCCUAGCUAGAUAGAUCACUACUGUGAGGCCAAAUAUGGUAUGAAUUAAACAGCAGAUGAUCAUCAUAUAUAUAUUUACGUAGAUUGAAUGGAUAAAUUAUAGUACUAAAAGACAAGCAGAUCAUAUCAUGCAUUGUCCGCCUAUUCGAUCGUGCAUGUGUAUGGAGUUAUAUAUUCAGGUGUUUUUCUCUGUA